AUGUCAACGUUUACAGAGUUUUUUCUCUAUGCCAUGAUUGUGCCUGUUAUGCCUUCAGCGCUAGUAACACGCGCUGGAGUUCCCUUCGAACACCGUGAAUACUGGGUCAGCGUUCUAUUGAUGUGUGAAGCUGCAGUGUCUGUGAUCUGCUGUCCCAUUUUCGGAUUUCUUGUCGAUAUUUCAGGCACCCGUCAACUUCCUUAUCUUUUUGGACUCUCCCUACUUGCGGCUUCAAUGAUUCUCCUCGUUUUUGCCAAAACACUCUCUAUUUUCAUAAUCGCGCGGCUACUUCAGGGCGGUGCGACGGCAAUGGUGGCAGUUGCCGGGCUUGCCCUAGCCACAGAUUCCUUUGACAAGGACCGAUUAGGCACUGCAGUUGGAUAUUUGGGCUCUGCCAGCGCCUUGGGCUUUGUCCUGGGUCCAUUUUUAGGCGGACUGAUAUACACCAAAUUCGGAUAUGAGGCAGUUUUUGUGAUGGCUGCUGUUCUCAUCGGUGUUGAUUUUAUUCUCCGAAUCUUGUUGGUCGAGAAAAAAGUCAGGCAGGGUUGGAUUGAGGCUGAUACAGAAUCACCUGAUGAAAAUCAACAUAUCGCCGGCAAUGACAAUGACUGUCCAUCCAUCAACGAAGGAGGCUUUAUUCUGCUAAAACUCAUCCAACAACCGCGGAUCCUGACUACCCUUUGGGCUCUUCUCGUCAUAGGGAUCUUUUUUUCUGCUUUUGAUGCUACCCUCCCCAUAUUUGUUGAGUCCACAUUCCACUGGUCCCCAGUGGGAGCAGGAUUGAUUUUCCUUCCAAGUGCUUUUACCUCACUGAUGGGACCAUAUUUUGGAACUAUUUGUGACCAUUAUGGUCCACGGGCUAUGGCAUUUACCGGAUUUAUCCUUCUUUCUCCGACCUUGAUCUGUCUUUCUUUGGUUGGACACAAUUCUUGGCCUCACAUUGCUACCCUGGUCAUUCUUCUAUGUUUGACUGGUCUCUUCAUAAACGUGGGCCUCCCUGCUUUGUAUGUGGAGUCUCAGGCCGUUCUAGACGACAUGGAGCGCGAAAGGCCAGGAAUCACAGGCCCGAAAGGUGCCAUAGCCCAAGCAUUCAGCUUGCAGACUAUGGCCCAAUUUAUUGGAUUGUUUUUUGGUCCUCUGUGGGGUGGGUUCAUUGAGUAUCAUUUUGGAUGGAAGACUAUGGCAUGGACUUUGGGCUUGCUCGCCUUUGUAACAGCAAUUCCAAUGCUCUGGCUGAGUGGGAGGACCCACAAUGGUAAUGAUAAUAUUGGUGGAGAGACCGAACCACUUUUGGGAGAUAGACUUGAGUGA